AUGGAAUUCUUCUCUCUUCAAACUCUCUUCUUCUUCGUCUUGUUUCUUUGUUUCUCUAUGUACUUUUACUUUUACCCUUCAAACAAAAAACAACCCCUCGCCAAAGCCUAUGGUAAUGGUACAUGUUAUCCUAUACUAGGACAUUUUCCGGGAAUUUUCAAAAACCGGAACCGGUUUCUCGAGUGGACAACUGAAAAUCUUAAAAAAAACCCCACCAACACUGUUUUCAUUUGCCGUCCCGUCAAUGUGCGUGGCAUCGCGACGGCCAACCCUUUAAACGUCGAGUAUAUUCUCAAGACUAACUUUGAGAACUACCCGAAAGGUGACCGGUUCAUUAAGAAUGUUGAAGAUCUCCUGGGCAGCGGAAUCUUUAACUCCGACGGAGAGUUGUGGAAAGUCCAGAGGAAAACUGCUAGUUAUGAGUUCAACACAAAAUCGCUCCGAAAUUUCGUUGUGGAGAAUGUUCGGUCCGAGAUUUCGUCCAGGUUACUUCCCAUAUUAAGGAGGGCCUCAAAAACAGAACAAGUGUUGGAUUUGCAGGAUACUUUGGAGCGGUUUGCAUUUGACAACAUAUGUAAAGUUUCUUUUAACGUUGAUCCGGGUUGUCUCGAAGGAGAUGGAACCGGUGAAACCGAAUUUAUGCGGGCGUUUGAAGAGGCAGCCACUCUGAGUGCUUACCGAUUCAGGUCUCCAUGGAGAAUCAAGAAGUUCUUUAACACGGAAUCAGAACGUCGACUCAGAAAAUCAAUUCAAAAAGUCCACGCAUUCGCCAAUGAUAUUAUUAUUCGAGCAAAAAUGGAAGCAAAAGAAAAUGCAGAGAAUAUGAAUGAAGAUUUACUUUCACGGUUUAUUAGAAACCACGACCAAUAUUCAACCGAAUUCCUCCGAGAUAUCGUCAUAAGCUUCAUUCUUGCAGGACGAGACACGUCCUCAUCAGCGUUAACUUGGUUCUUUUGGCUAUUAUCUUCUCACCCGAAUGUUGAGCAAAAGAUACUCAAGGAGCUUGAGUCGAUUCGGGUCCGAAACAGGAAAAGUGUCAGCGAUAUUUACAGUUUUGAUGAGCUCCGAGAUAUGCAUUAUUUGCAUGCAGCAUUAUCCGAAGCGAUGCGAUUGUACCCACCGGUACCAUUUGAUUCCAAAACUUGCAUGAACGACGAUGUCUUGCCGGACGGUACAUUUAUCGGCAAAGGAUGGGAUAUUUCUUAUCAUACAUAUGCGAUGGGGAGAAUGGAGAGCAUAUGGGGCGAGAAUUGGCACGAAUAUUUACCUGAAAGAUGGCUGGAAAAUGGAAUUUUUCGUCCCGAGAACCCAUUUCGGUACCCAGUAUUUCAAGCGGGGCCGAGAGUGUGUCUGGGGAAAUAUAUGGCCUAUAUUCAGAUGAAGUCGAUUGCAGCGUGUGUGAUUGAGAAUUUCUUAAUGGACGUACAGGAUAAGGAAACGUGUCGGAGCUAUGUGUUAUCUUUGACUUUAAGGAUGAAAGAUGGCUUACCUGUGGCAGUGAAGGAAAGACGUGCGUCUGUGGACUGUGAUGAAUUGAGUACUGAAUUUGUAUAA